AUGCUCUCCUACAGAAGUGCCAUUACAAGAGCUACCACACCAUUGCUAUGUAGAUUAAUCAGUGCUCAGGCUGAAGUCAUGGACCAUAUUCAUCGGAACCAUAAAAUUUCUUCUAUUAAGGAAUUGUUCAAGUGGGAAUGUGAUGGAGGAGCUGGGCAAAGUCGCUACAAACAAUCUUUUACAAAUGAAGACAGAGAUGAUUCAUUUUUAUUUUUCAUUUCAAUGGUACCUUUGGUACCGACGAAUUACUGUAGACCUAUAGAAAUUGUUUUCAAGCUAGAAAAAGAGGAAUUUAUCAAAAAUAAAAUUCUAAAGAUAAAAAAUCAAACCUCUUUACUUCGACCAAGCCCUGUUGAAAUUGGAGGAAAUUUGUACAAUUGUACAAUCUUUUUUAUAUCUAUGAUGAUUGAUGGCAAAAUUUGUAGUUGGCUGCAUGAUGAACAACACCCAGCAUGA